AGUACAAGCGCUGACCCCUUGUCAGAUGCGUUUCUCGUAUUGGAAUUCGAACUUGAGCUUGACAAAAAGAGAUCACAAAAAUUAUGUCAUAGAUCGUUUUCGUCAACCGGAGAUGUGGAUCCCGUCGUAGUGUCAGCUCUAUCUUCCGUCGACAGAUGUGACGACGGAUCGUCAAGAAGCUAAAGGCACAAGGGCUACCACCCGGUCUUGUCCGAUGCAUCUCGAUAUCUGCCUACUCGGAUGUAGUUGCAGCCGGCGUGCCGUACUACAUUGGCGAGAACUACUUCUACACUCAAAACUAGCCGCGUAACCACCUUCGCCCCGAGGAAGGAGAAGUGAAGAAGCCCCCCGUCGUCCACAUUUUCAUCUGGGCUCCUUUGAUCAAAAUGCUGAAGCACGCUUACGACUACAGCGAGUAUCGGGUCCUGCUUCUCUCUUGCGGCGGAGAGGUGCUGUCGGGACCCGAGUACAUUAUUACCGGUUUAGAGGACCUGCUCGCGGAGCGCCUAGCGGAAGGCGAUGAAAGCUUCAUGGUGGGGGAACACCUCCUCCACGCGCACAUUGUGCCAAGCCUGCAGGACAAGUAUCUUGUUUUCAUCUCUCGGAUACAAUUUUUCAUGUACGUCAGUUUAUUUUUCUCUGGUUUGUAGUUGCACCAUCAUCAGAUAGAGAGAACCACAAACGAAGCCAUACACCGAAGUACAACUUCGGCCAGAGUUUUUUUUUUUUCAGGUUCCCUGCAGCACGAAAGAAUCUACUUUCGAAAUCUGAAUCUGUAGGUACAAGGUCCCCCCGCUGUCUCUUGCGUCGGCGUCGCUGUUUUCGAAGAAAGCGACUGGGUCGGCUACGAUGGAGGAGGAGCUCCGCCGCACGGGGAGUUCGUACGAGGAGAAGCAGAAAACGCUGAUUCGCGAUAUGACCUGGUCAAACGUUACAAUCUCAAACGUUACAAUAGAAUCUGAGAUUUGUCUUGCAUUUAGACAAGGAAAAUCGCCGCAGUACAUGAAAAAUCGACCACCCCCCUACCGCGGGGUGGCGGAGCAAGAGGCUGGCUUAUGUAGACCUCAUCGGGGCCGCGGCUUUGUUCGCUGGACUCCGCGCCAGGACGAGCGCCGCCUACUUUGGCGCCAGUUCUCAGUCACUGCGCCGAGAACUAUCGCGAUACCAUUUCUCGCAUGUUGCGGGCAGGUCAUUCCGCACCCAGAUAGCGGGGGCCGCCUCUUGGAAAGACGCACCGCAGGGAGCAUUCACAGGCCCCCCUUUUGCCGAAAAAAAAGCACCCCCAAGAAGCACCCCCCUUGGAUUCCCUUUCCCCGACCUAAAAUGGCUGAUUUCCGGAGCCAAAAAAGGACCCCCCUUAAGCACCCCCCUGGAGGGGGCCCCCUGAACGCCGCCUGGGGCCCCGGUCGUUGUUUGGUCGGCCUAGUUUGGGAACGGGCUCCCGACUUCGCUGCGGCCGAGGCGAAGCAAUUCCGCGGCAGGUACGCGCGCGGCCUUUCCACUCGGGAACACGUCGCGCCUGCGCCACGCACCUAGGUCUGCAAGAAUUGGGCGAGCUGCUACGAGCUGAAACCCAGACAAAUGAUCUCGUCGCCCCACCACGCCGGCGAAUGGGGGUGGUCGAUUUUUCAUGUACUGCGGCGAUUUUCCUUGUCUAAUGCAUGAUCAACAUGAUAGACUCGGACAGCAUUCCACUUUUUGCAAUACAAAUUUCGGCAGAUUGUAGUGCGGAUUGGGACUCCAGAACUUGUCAUGCGUAAUCCUGUGGGAGUAGGGUAGAUCAUGCACUUCUUGCAACACAAAUUCCAGAGUCUAUUGUAACGUUUGAGAUAGUAACACCUGAGCAGGUUAUACGCGAAGACGACGUGAUGCGGAGCAUCGGGGAAGAUUCCAGCACCUCGCGCAUGACCGACCCCAGCACCGCGUCCGUAUCAAAUGUAAAAAUGUCUGGGUCUGGAAGAAUUCAACUUGUGAUGCUAAGUUUGGACUCCAAAAAAAUAUGUAUUGCAUGAGCAGCAAACGGAGUGUAAUUUUUGCUACGCGGAGAGGGCAUUUGUCAUGCGGAAUAGGCAUCGCGAGGCCCUCAAAAAAUAUGUGAUGCUAGGGCAUGCAUCACAGACAUCAUGGCCCAGGCAAAACAUGCAUGACAAGUCUCAGAAUCUUCCAGACCCAGACAUUUUUACAUUUGAUAGUCCCGGCUCCUGCACAAGAGCCAGCGGUUCAACAAUAAGGACGACCAGUUCGCCGUGUCGCAGAACGAGGACCGGCGCAACGAGUUUCUCCGCCGGCGGCAGCAGCUGAUUACCGAAAUGUGGAACCUGGAUCCGGUGGACGGGGAGGCCCAGGACCUUCACACGGAGCAGAAGGAGCGCAAGGCCCGAGAGGAAAAGUUGCGCCAAAAGGAGGAGGAGCAGGCUCGCCUGGCGGCGAGGCGACGACCCGGCGCCGGCGGUGGCCAAAGUGCAGCUGCGGAAGCCAUGGCCGAGAGCGCGGCGCAACGCGGCGGCGGGGGCACUGCCGGCGCGGUGUUAGGGCCACAGGGCGCUGACGAACUGGAGGCGAAGAGGAAAACAACCGCUAGUCCCGGGGCCAAACAGGCGAAACCGAAGAGCCGGCCGGGCUCACCAGGACAAAAUGGUGCCGAAGACAACGUCGAGAAAAAGACCAGCCCCAGCCAGUCUCAAAAACGACCUAAAACAAGGUCUCCCGGUAGUUCCUCGCCAAAAGCGAAGUUCGCGGUGAACGAUGGUACCCAACCUGACGACGACGACGUAAUGGAGCUGCACCGAACAACUUCCAGAGAUGAGGAAGCCCCUGUGGAGCAGGACGACGAGCUGCACCAGAAAACGGAGAGUGAACUGCUGGACGAGGCGGACAGUGUCUGGGACGAAGAGCCCCUGCCCGGCAAAGGCGCCAACUACUACGAGUCCAACGAGUUCCUGAACCGGCCCACCCGGUGGCGCAAGUACUGCCGCGAAACCUACCUCGACCAGGUCCACCGGGGGGUGCAGAUCAUGGAGGAGUUCUUUCUCGGGCGCCGGGUGCCGCCCGACCACAUCUACAAGUACGACUUUUCGCAGGUGUCUGACGAGCACCCGCAGGACAUUUUGGAGGCUUUUCUGCAGAUGGAGGGGAAAAAGUUUGUCUACUACGUCGGCCACACCUCCCUGGACGGCGGCUGGUUCUUCACGUGGCGCAACUCGGUGGGGAUGCCCGACAACUGGAUUCUGCGGCCCAGCGACUUUGAGUUCGGGCCGCCGGACCGGUGCGGGACGCCCUUUGUGAUCGUGGACGGCAGCUACACUUCGUGCUGGAUGGUAUGGAUUGCAAAAGUGUCUGGGUCUGGAAAAUUGCUACACUUGUCAUGCACGUCUGACAUGGCCCAAGAAUCUGUGAUGCAUGGGCACGAAGCUGUCUUCUUACCUGUCAUGCAAAAACGCAGUUUGCCAUGCGGAACACGCAACACAUAGGAUCCCAAAAAUUUGUCAUGCUUGGCGCCGUAUUGCAGUGGAACUCUCAGUCUCAUUCACUUUUAGCAUUACAAGUUUCCAGACCCAGACAGCACAUUUGCAUUUGAUAGAUGGAGCCCUCGUGCAAGUUCAUCACCCUGGCGUGCUUGGACGGCGCGGCCAACGGCGGGGGCCGCCGCGGGCCGCUGCUGACGAGAGCCAUGACCGGCAUCGACGUGCAGGAGAUGCUGCGUCCCAUGGCCGAAGCGCCCCCGGCCAAGGAGAAGAAGGACAUGUUCGCGCUCAAGUUCGCGUCCGACGACUCCGACGGCAGUCUGUCCAUGGUCCGCGAGUCGGUGCACGAGAAGGGCUAUUGUGUGGAAAAAUCUUCCCCCAUCUCCAUUUACUCAAAAGGAAAAUUUUUUGUGGCGCAGAUUGCUGGUCACAAACUAACUUUUUCUAUCCUGCAAGAAGGCAAGUGCAGAGGAGAGCGCCGCAUUUUGGAGUUUAAAUAACUCCUCACGUUGCUAGGCCUACAGGUCACCAGGCUUUUCUUCUUGUCAUGAUGCUAACCAACUACUAGACCCUGCUUACGCUCCCGAAGAGCCUGCAGUUCCUACUUACAGCAAGACAGCCCGUGCUUGUCACAGCGCGAGAAGUCCACCAGCGUGAGCAGUUGUGUUCUGGAUAAUAUGGAUGAGCGAAGGGGAUGAUUUUUCAUUUUUAUAAGCACCCCGCGCACUUCUGGCACGAGUACAACCGCAAGUACGGUGAUGCGUUCCGCGAAUCCGACACCUACCUGCCCGCCCCCGCGGGGACGAAAAUCCGCAUCGACGACAAUUACGAGGACUCCGUGGUGAUCCGGCUCCCGCUGUACAUUGUGCUCUACAACCGGCCCACGAUGGACGCGGUGUGGUCCCUGCGCGCGGUGCUGGAGGUGGCCAACCACACCGAGCUGAUGAAAGUGCGGGUUUUUGGUAUUCUGCCCCUGAUCCUGCUCAUCAUCGCGGGGGAGUCCACGAAGAUCUCCAAAACCGACAUCAACACCUUCGGGGGCUUGGCCACCGUGAAGGCUGGGCUGGGCGCGAACCUGAAGGAGGCGGAAGAGGACCAGAACCUGAUCGACGCGCUGGAAGGGGGCGGCAUGUCCGAGGACGCCGUCGCGGCGCUGGAGAAAAGCAAACAGGUGGUGGCCGCGGGGAAGACCAGCAAGCUGGGGAAGAAGCGCCAGCAGCUCGAAAAGGAAGAAGGCGAGCGGCAGAGUUUUGCGAAGGGCGACAAGACCUGGAUGUUCAAGACGGAGCAGGACGCGAGUUACAAGGCGCAGAAGGAGGUUUUGCCGCAAGUUGCGGAGGAGGAGGAAGCUAUGUUCGGGGAGGAAGACGACGGGGCACUGGACCCCGAGUUGGCAAAGCAGCUCUCCGGUGCCGACAACACGCCCACACGGAGACACCAUUCGCCCACGAAGAGCGCAGCCCUCGCGAACUACGCGAGUAGCGGCUCGGGCGGGAAGAUGAAGAGCCACAAGUUGACCGACAGUGCGGAGCAGGCCUUCAUGCGGCAGGAGGCCGUGCUGGUGCUCGGGCUGAUAGCGCCCGUGCUGCGGUUGGACGAGCUCGAGAAGCAAGCACUCCCGGUGCUCACGCAGUACACCAGCGACACCAACAACCGCUGCGGCUGGAAGGUCCUGGCCAAGCUCGGCCAGUCUUUUCGGAAUAACCAGAAGCUCGGGCUCGACGCCCGGGGGGCGGAGGAGCAACCGCGGCUGAUGAAAAUACGGACGCGCAUCUCCGCGAAAACGUGGCGGGAUCAGCUAGAAGAAUUGUACACAGACAAGACGGAAGCGGUUGGGCAGUGCGGUCCGAACUUGGUGGCGGUGGAUCCGGAACAACUGGUUCAGGACUGCCAGCGCAGCCUGUCCGCUUUGGUCCAGCUCAACGCCGGCCUCCCGAGGUGGUGCCGCAUGGAAAAUCUUGACGAGGCAAGGUAAAAUUCAAAUUCAUCUUUCAGACGAUGAAAAUCAUGUAUACAACUUUAUUUUUUGCAACUCCUGAAAAUAAAUUCCAGUCCCACGACAUGGAUAGUAAUUCUUGAACGCAUGCAUUUGAUUUCGAAUUUUUUUGCGAGGACCUCCAAAUGAGCAUGAGCAAAUGUAAUUGAUAUAAUUUCAAGUGCAUCUUUUCAGAUUGGGUUGCCGACUCCUCGCGGAGGGACCCGUGGUGAAUCCCAAGCUGUGCUUCAAAACGUGCAUGAGCUACCCCUUCGACCCCGACGUGCUCCGCUGGGGUUUGCUCGCGCUCAGCCGGGGGGGCUUUCACCUCCUCGACCCAGAGACUGCGUACGUACCCGUGGUGAACGCCUUGACUUUGAAGGCGAACAACCUGCAGCACACGUUCGCGUCCGCCAGCGUGUGCUUCGAGCGUUUUCUCGCCAACGGCCUCUGGGGUGCCUGCAAUAUCUGGGACACGUGCCGCAUGUUUAUCCGCAUCAUCUGUGAGCGCGGGUGUGCCGACCAGGUGUGCAAGGGUCUGCUGGCAGCCUGCACGAGCCUGCACAAGAGGUUUUUGCAGGACGGGGAGGCGCCGCUCAGUUUUACCUGGAGACCGCUCACCGAGUUUUUGUUGAACACGAAGCGGCAACUGAAGAUACACCAGAAGACGCUGGACACGUUGAUUACCACGCUGGCGGUUAUCGUGGAAUACGAGCGCAUAUGAACUGCAAAAGUAUCGUACUAGUAUAAAUCGCAUGACAAAUUAGCUCAGCAUGACAAAUGGAAUUUAUCAUGCUGUUUUACCUUGGGAUGAAGAUUUGUAAUGCAUGACUGCAAUUACUACGAGUGCGAUGCUUUUGCACAGGAUAGCGCAAGCGGGGACACCACACAAACGGCAACAGUUUGGCCAUCGACUUGGUAAACCACUGGGACGAGUUUUUGAGCCGCGCUACCGUGCAGGAGGUCAUUCCGGCGUACCGGUAUUUGACCCGCGUCAUGAAAGAAGUCUUCUACCAGCCAGAAGAGCUCGCGGAAAUUGCACGCAAAGAGAAAGAGGCGCAGCAGCUCCGGCUCGGGGAAGAGGACAAGGGAAAGAAGAAAAAGAAGAAAGGCGGCAAGAAAAAGGAGUGAGUCAGGGGCACGCAUAGGCUAUAUUGCGUGCGACGCCUGACGUCGCACUUCUUACUGCCCGCAUUCAGCUAGAAAUGAACUUGAGCUCCUUUAAAUUUCCAAAUAUCCACGCUGAGUCCGAAGGGACAAAGCACCACUCUCAAACUAGAAAUGUAAGAUUGCAGUUUCCACCACUUUCAGGUACUUACCGGAGUUGUACCACAACAAGUUUGUUCCUUUCUCGUUACUGUUGUUCCUAACGAUUGCUCCCCGACGCAGCGCGAAUGUUUUCAGAGGGAAAGAUGCUUUCUCCACCUAGGUGGGCUGUAAGAAUUGAGCUACUCCAGCGCUGGGAACGAACAAUGAAUCAUAAAGGAAGCGGCGCUGGAGCGCAUCAUAAAGGAAGCCGACGCCGCACCAGCGGCAAGCCUCACGUGCACCAUCAGAAGUGCAGCAUUGGCCACCUUUUGCGGUGUCUCACCAUCAGAAGUGCGAGCUGCGAAGGGUGGGGCGCGCCAUCUUCAAGUCAAGUACCACUGAACAAAUGUAUCAAUCCAUUGCAGAACCUCUUGUACUAACGCCACGUACUGCGAUGCCAUGCAGCAUUAGCACGGAAUAUGAUUGAACUAUGUAUACUAUGUGCUCGCAACAUGUGUUCCUUGAUAUGGAUGUCGAAAGUGCACAAACACAAAACUGCGGAAUGAGCAGUAGUUACUCUUCCAGAUGGGAAUGGGAUGGUGUCGCCUCGUGGUGAUGCGGAUUUCAGCACAAAAAAGACGGUGCACUCGAUCCAUCGCGAUUGCGAUUCGCCACUUCUUUUAGGAGGCCACAGCCUGUGUGGCGGGAAGUCGCGACUACAUUGUGAUUUCUUUUUUUCGAAUGCCGGCAU